CCAGUAAUUAAUUGCAACACGUUGUGCCAUUGAUACUUGUAGAAUAUUUUAUCGUGCUGUCACUGCUAUGUGCUUGAACUUGAAGUCGUCCUACACUCGCAAACGAUACCCAAUCAGCUGUUUAUUACAGCGCAGCGCCCUAGCUACGUUGAUAACAACAGCUCAACUGCACCAUAACCGUUUCGUAUCCAGUUCCGUAUUCAAAAUCUUAAAUGUCUCGAAUUCAGUCUGCGCUCCUUGAUUUGAUCAAGCGAUAGAAUUGCUUCGUCGGCCAGUCAGCGAUCUGCCUUCUCAGUUUGUUGGUCCAACAAAGUAAUUUUCUUGAAAGUGAAUUUGCGCAGCAGCUGGGAUGGAAUGCGGAUAGGAUGCUUGCUGUUUAACAUAAUACUGACACAUGAAGAAGCUUUUAAUUUGGAACAUCCGUAGCUAAAUCUACGUUCGCUUCACGGUGAAACCGAAAGCGACCAACUGAAUUAUUUUUAUUCCACGAUGACUGAGUCCGAGGAAAUACGAAACAACAACGGCAGUGUUGUCACUACCGACAUCGAGGUACGCUGCUGUAAUACAGAUGCUCUGCGUGACCAACUCGAAUCAACCAUAAAAGAAUGGGCUAUCAGGGACAACUGGCCCGCCGGAUACGACUCGAUCAAAUUCUCUACCUUGAUCGAUCCGGAAGCCAAUUUCGUCGGCCUACUAAACAAAGAAAUCGUCAGCAUGGUGUCCGCCGUGAAUUACGGCGACCAGUUAUCCUUCAUCGGGACGUUCCUAACGGCCGACGGACACAAAGGCAAAGGCUACGGGACCCAACUCUUCCGGGAAUGCCUCCAGCAUGCCGGCGAUCGAGUGACUGGUUUAUACUCUAACCAGCGCAUGACCGAAUGGUACAAACGCCACGGAUUUGUUCAGACCGGGACAUGCUCCAUCUUUCGGAAGCCAUACACCGGAAAAGUGGAUCUUCCUGCAGAUUUCCCGGUGGCCUGCAUCAUUCCCGCGAAAGAUCUGGAUUUCGCUGAUCUUUGUCGUUUCGACCGGUCGUACUUUCCAGCGGACCGACCGGAGUUUCUCCGCGCCUGGUUAUCUCACCCUAAGGUUAUACUGGCACCGGCGUUUGUUAAGGACGGAGUGAUUCACGGUUAUGGAGUGCUUCGGCAGUGCAUUGGGGAUACAAUCUGUAAAUUCGGACCGUUGUUCGCCGAUAGCUUCGUCGUGGCUGAACAGCUGGCGUUAGCGAUGUUGAAUGCGGUUCCGGAAGGCACCGAGAUUGUACAGUUUGACUGCCUCGAUGACAAUCCCCAGACGGACAGGUUGGCGGAGAAAGUGGGCUUCUCGCCCACAGGAGAGUUGCACGGGGGAAGGGUGUUGUGGAAGAACGGUCGUCCGGAGUUUGACGUGAGCGGAGUGUACGCCUACACGUCCGGAGCGUUUGGAUAAUUUAUCUGCAUAGGUACUUGCGGCGUUUCAUAAUUGUUUACGGGCGCACUCUCUUUUUGCUUAUGCGUGCAGAAUUGUUCAGAUUCCAAAGGAGACCGUUGCUUCAACCAUUUUUUCUUUGUAUUUGCAUUUUAUACCGUUAUUUAUUAAACUGCGUAAAGCGG